AAUAAAUAAUAUUUUUUUACAGUAUUUAUAUCAUCAAAUGUCUUAAUUUUUUUAAAUUAUAGUCACUAAUAAUUGUUCUUUACACAAAUUUUUAAUGUUACAUAUUUGUAAUUUUGUUUAGUUUAAUUGUUUUAGGUAAAACAAGCACACAUUCUUCUCUCUCUCUAGCAUCUAAUGAAAACUACUGCUCUGAAUGCCAAAAUCUUGCAAUUUUCAAUCCAAAUAAAAUUCAAAUGCUUCUGCACAAUUUCCCCUCCAGAUUUCCAAACCCUUCUCAGGAAACCCAAUUUAUUGGAAUCCUCAAUAGUUUCCGCACUCAAAUCCAUCUCAUCAUCCCCUUCGUUAAUCUCCCAUGGGCAGCAACUGCAUUCCCUCGUGCUAAAAUCUGGGCUAGAAUCCAAUGUCUACAUACAAAACAGCUUGAUGAGCAUGUACUCUAAAUUGGGUCUGUUUUCAUGUGCGAAAUCGAUUUUCGGUAGCUCCCAUAAGUUGGAUUAUGUAUCAUGCAACAUAAUGCUUGCCGGGAAUGUAAAAUAUGGUCGUCUGGAUGAUGCGUACGAGCUGUUUGUGAAAAUGCCGCUGAGAAAUUGUGUAUCGUACACGACUAUGAUCAUGGGUUUGGCUCAGAACGAGUACUAUGGCGAUGCAAUUCGACUUUUUAGAGAGAUGAGGCUGUCUGGGGUGGUUCCAGGAGAAGUAACCAUGGCUAGUGUUAUCUCGGCUUAUGCACGUGUCAAUGCUGAUGAGAGAAGUGCGAAGCUUUUGCACGGGUUGGUUUUGAAACUUGGUCUUCAUUUGCCCGUUAUUGUCUCGACAAACUUAGUUCUCCUUUACUGCAUGAGUUCGUGUGUUAGUGAUGCUCGAAUCGUUUUCGAUGAGAUGGUGGAAAAGAAUGUGGUUUCUUGGAAUGUGAUGCUGAAUGGUUACGUGAAAGCGGGGCUGGUUGAUUUGGGUAGAGAGCUAUUUGGUGAGAUUCCUUUAAAGGACGUGGUUUCUUGGGGAACAAUGAUUGAUGGUUAUGUGCAGGUGGGGAGAUUGAGAGAGGCUUUGGCACUUUAUUCUGAAAUGAGGUACACUGGAUUGUGCCCUAAUGAAGUUAUGAUUGUUGACAUAGUUUCCGCUUGUGGACAAGCUGCAAAGUUAAUUGAGGGUCAGCAAUUUCAUGUUUUAGUGGUGAAAAUGGGAUUCAAUUGUUUCGACUUCAUGCAGGCAACAUUGAUUCAUUUCUAUGGAGCCUGUGCAGAAAUCGAACUUGCUUGUUUGCAAUUUGACGAAGCGAAUAAGGAUCAUGUAGCUUGUUGGAAUGCCCUUAUAGCAGGACUGAUGAGAGAUGGAAUGGUGAAUGAUGCUAGUCAUCUGUUUAGUAUGAUGCCUGAAAGGGAUGUUUUCUCUUGGAGCUCGAUGAUUUCUGGUUACUCGCAGAACGGGCAGCUUAAUUUGGCUAUCAAACUUUUUCACGAAAUGGUGGCUAAGGGAAUCAAGCCAAAUGAAAUUACAAUGAUUGGUGUUUUUUCUGCAAUUUCUAGUUUGGGCGAUUUGAAUGAAGGAAUACGCGCUCAUGACUACAUUGAUAGAAACUCGAUACCGAUUAGCGACAAUCUCGGUGCUGCCAUCAUCGAUAUGUACGCGAAAUGUGCUAACGUCGAUUUGGCUCUAGAAAUGUUCUAUCGAGUACGAGACGAAACGAGAGACGUCUCGCCUUGGAAUGCAAUCAUAUGUGGCUUGGCAAUGCACGGGCAUGCAGAAAUGUCCUUACGAAUUUUCUCGGAAUUGCAGAGGCGAAACAUAAAUCUCAAUUCGAUUACAUUCAUCGGAGUCUUGAGUGCGUGUUGCCAUGCCGGUUUGGUGGAAGCAGGGGAAGAGCAUUUCAAGAACAUGAAAACUGUAUACGGUUUAGAACCAAACAUCAAGCAUUAUGGAUGUAUGGUGGAUCUGUUCGGCAGAGCUGGAAGAUUAAGAGAAGCAGAGGAAUUUGUAAAAAGCAUGCCUAUGAAGGCAGAUGUUGUCAUAUGGGGUACAUUAUUGGCUGCAUGUAAAAUGCAUGGCAAUACAGAUAUAGGAGAAAGAGCUGCUGAAAAUUUGGCAAAGGUGGAACCAUCACAUGGUCCUAGUAGAGUUCUACUCUCCAACCUUUACGCAGAUGCAGGCAGAUGGGACGAUGCUUUUUCCGUGCGAAACAAAAUGCGAAGUGAAAAACUCGCGAGAUCACCUGGUUAUAGUGGUAUUAUGUAACGCUGCUGAGCCCAUAGUACCAUGUCCACCUACUCCAAGCAAAGCAAGAGCAAGCUCAUUUUCGUUCCAUUGUCUCAGUCCUUUGCAUAGUCU